CAAGGUGAUUCUGUAGACUAUAAAAGGCACGACAGAUAUUUUUUUCUUACCAACAGUAGUGAGAGAGCAGAGAACAAAAGAUGGAAUUUGCACUUAGUUCUUGUCGGAUUGUCUUAUUUCUGAUGACAGUUGUGGCAUUGAUAGGCGUUGCUAACGGUAUUCGACAAACAGAUGCCAUCAACGUGACGCUGUUUUGGCUUAAAGUGAGAAUCACGCCCGAUGCCUCGUGCUGUGGACGAUGCAACGAGGCUAUACCACACAACCAGACCUAUGAGAUGACCUGCUAUUGCGACGAGUAUUGCUUGGUGUACCAAGAUUGCUGUCUGGACUACGAGUUGUACUGCACCGACCUGGAGGGCAGACUUAGCCAAGAGUGGGCCGAUGAUGGGCUCUUAGAGACGGUCAAGAAUUGUUCCAAAGAUUUGGUGACUCUAAGGAAAGCGGGGAUGGCGUCAUCCAAUGGCAGUGAGACCGUACGUGACCUUUGCACGGCCUGGCAAUCUGAGCAUGCGCAAAGCUUCAUCGACGAGUAUUCUUGCAAGCUAGAGGCACUGUGGGAGCCCGUCAUUUUGGCGCGAAAAUCGAAUCGAUCUUUAGUUCACGUGCCUGGUCAUAGUUAUUCCGAGUUCGUGCUGGUCCAGGAUUGCUUGAAAGGUAGGCACACGACUGACACGUAUGACCUGUGUAUGAACACGAGCGUAUCAAGUGGGUUCGACACUUUGAAUGAUGUUAAAAAGCUUGUACCGGUUGCUGGUCAAGAUGGCUUGCAUUACCGUAAUGUCUACUGCGCCCGGUGUAACGGCAUGGAGGACGAAGACCUACAGUUCUGGCAGGUAAAGCUGAACUGCCCAUUUGAGGUAAGGCGCGUUGGUCUGACCGACAGUUCCGUGGGGAGAUGUACAUUUGAGUCUGUCGGUCCUCCGGAGUCGUUCAAGGGUAGAAUUUCCCAGCCACGACUUGUUCCUUCCGAGGAGAUUUCGUUUUCCUGUGGUAUUUUUUUCACUGUCCAGUCCAAGCGUGAAUACGAAGAGGCGUGCCGGGCGUACAGACUGAGAACCUCGUGCGCUAAAAACCCACACUGCGAUGGCAGUUGCUCUUGUUACCGGGGCUCUGAUGAAAUGAAGGCUCCAUUAUUCGUCCCUGUAAGCGCCCUUUUCGACUUCACCACUCACCGAGACAUGCGCUACUCUCUGGACGGUGACCCCACGGUUGUGGUCUGCGAACACGAGUACGAGUUCUUCGAUCCUGAGCUCGGAGCAUGUCGAAGGUUUCACUGUCUUCCUGGUCAGGCUUACGGCCCUCAUGGCUCAUGCGUCGCUGUGGACACUGCGAGUGAUCGGUGUUUGGUAUCGAACUUGGAUGAUCCGCGCUUGGUAUCGUUUCAGGUGGAUUUUCAUACUCUGGUCAAAUACAUUAGUUCGGCUGAGCUCUUUUUGAGGAACAUGACCCAAACUCUGCUGAAUGUAACUAUCACAGAAUUCGAUCUGUAUGAUUGUCAAGUACCGCCUUUCAUAGAUGACGCUAAUAUGCACAUUCCUUGCAAUUUAUCUUUUACCGCACUUCCUCCGCUGAGCUUUGAAGAGACUUUAUCAGACUUUUCAACCUUAAUAAUGUCAGACCCCGUCCUUUCUGGUGCGGGUAUUUUCUUGAAGACAUUAUCACUGAGGAAUUUCGAUCAGCAGGGAUCACUGGUCGAUAGGUGCGGUCGCUUAGGACAGGUGCCGAUUAGUUACUCUCUUGGGGUCGACUAUGAGAGGUUUGAACUAAAUGGGUCCCUCUUUGUUGUCAUCACGGUGGAUAUCGAUGACAAAAUAACAUGCCCAAGUGAUGGCCUUUAUCAAGAGGUCGUGUUCAGACCGUUGGAGAUUCAAAAGCGAUCAGAAGAGUUUGUGUACUUGUGUCAAAUGAAGCUCAACUGUUCCAUGAUGAUUCUCAAUUCCACCGAGUACACUUGGCUGGAUAAUACGACCAUACGCUUAUCUUCAGGUGUGAACCUGUCCAGUGAUGGGUAUAUUCAGCUGAGUGACGAUCAGGUCGUAGUGUGUCGUCUUGGCGAGUGUCUCGAUUGUGCCGAACCCUCCUUCCUUGGAGACGCGGUGUUUUCUUUAGUCUGCCUGAGCAUUUCUCAGCUGUUCCUGUUCCUGUGUCUACUCAGCUUUUGUCUGUUCCCGGAGCUCUGGACCCUACCGGGCAAGAACCUCUUCUGCUCCAUCUUGGCCCUGUUUCUGACCCAGACGGUCUUCCUGAUUGGUCCCGGGUCACCCCUGAGUCAACACACUGUCAGUAAUGAGGAUUCUUGUCUCGCUUUCGCCGUCUUGGUUCACUAUCUCCUCUUGGCGUUUUUCUUCUGGACCAACGUGGUUUCGCUGCACUUCGCCCGGACGUUCGGUUUCAAACUCCAGAUGCAGACCAGGCGGUUUCGUCGAGCUUUCAUGUGGUACUCGGUGUACGGAUGGGGCGCUCCUGCCAUUAUAUCUGGGGCCUGGGUUGUCGUCCAUCGCCUGCUCUUGACAGGCAGGGACACACUGGUGAUCUACCGACACUGCCUGCCCUACGGCGUCGGCGCUUUGUUGCUGGUGGCUACACCCAUUUCGAUUUUGAUGAUGGCGAACGCGGUCCUCUUUAUCUUGACUGUGGUCGGUAUCAGGCGAACCAGGAAGUCAACCAGCAUGGUGAUGAAGGACAAGAGAAAGCUGGAAAGACUAAAGAUGGAGGUUGCUCUCUGCAUCAAGAUCUUAGUUGCGACAGGGAUGACCUGGAUUCUCAUCUUCAUAUUUGGGUACGCAUAUGUGGAUGGCUUCUCCUAUCUCUUCAGCAUCUUGAUCUCAGUCCAAGGACCCCUUCUCUUCUUCUGCUUCGCCUUCACGGAGCGAGUCCGUGGCAUGUGGCGGAUCAGGAUCUCUGGGCUCUGGACGCGCCGGUCCAGGGCUGGGGCAUCGGCAGGCGCUGGCGCCUCUGCGAUGUCUACAGCUCGGACCAGCUUCCAGGUUGCAGAUCAGUAAACAUGCCCCCGCAUUUGCCGACCAAAUCACGAUUUGUGCACUGUUGAUCGCUGUCUCAAUAGAGAGUUUUGUGGCCCUUGCCUAUAGAGGAGGUGGGGGAGGGGGUAGAAAUGUAGGGGCCUUGAUCAUGAACAAGACUUUGAGCCAGUUUUCCUGAGAAAAAAAGUGGAUUAAAGUCGAUCUGUUUUGCAAUUGAGUUGAUGAAUCAUUUUCCGAUGGGCUUCAGGACUAUACUUUUACUCGUGAUCAUUUUUGGAGGGAAAUAUCACCCGAAUGUAGUUGGUUAACCAUCUCAACCCUCCCCAACCAAUGGACAAAAAAUGAAAUAGGGUAAAUCAAGCUUUAAUUUGUGUAUGUCUUAAACACAUUGGAGAAUUGGGAGCAAUCUACCCGAUUUGUUGAAGUGGUGCAUAUGAGAAUUUAUGUACUGGUCUGCUCGCUGUACUAGAGAGUUGUUACGGAAUAUAGAGGUAGUAUAUGGGCAUACAUUUUAUGUUAUUGGUUGGAAACGGCCAUUUUAUUUUAUAUAACAUAUACUAA